GAAAUCGGCCCCUGGAUUGGCUUCAUCCGCCGGUGGCGACGCCCGUCAGGUUUUCCGGCGGCCAAGCUUGGCCCGACGACGGGGCCUGCCUGGCGCGUUCGAUUCCGGCGGCAUCGUCGGUGCGAUGGAGACGGGGCGCCGCCGGCAGCGGGGGCCGGGUUGUGGCGGCGGCCCGACCAGCAAGACAGUGGGCUUGCGGGAGCGGACGCCCACGCCGCCUCGCUCAUGGGCUCAUGGCUUAUUGCGAAGAAGAGGUGUGAACGUCUGAACGAAGCAGAGGUACUCACUGCUCUGCUUCAGUCCAACCUCCACUGCAGUGCCUCGGUAACUCAUUCCUCUUCAUCAUCAGCUGCAAUUUAAAAAGUAGGGUUGUCAAUUUAGAAGUGAACUUUUAGAUUUGUCUGGUAAUUACUCCUACUAGUGUCAAAGGAGAACACGCGCCAUUCAUCAAGUGAUUUUAAGCAAGUCAAAAAAUUGGUUCCUUCAGAUUCUGAAUUACUAACUCCCAGUGGUCUGUACUCUGUAGACAGUAAGAAUACAGAGUAAUUUAAAUUGCCUUACUGAAGUGCCCAUAUUCACGGGCACCAUAGUGGAUCUGUGGCUUAAUUGCCAUCCCAUCAAUGUGCCGGGGAGUCUGUUGUGUAGCUUACAUGCAGCAUGUUCUAUAGCCUGAAUCGAGUUGCCGUUGUCGUCUAAGUUCUGACCUGCCAGCAUAGUGGAAUCUACUUGAUCAGCUUGUACUUGCUGGAUCCUCACCUUGUUAAUGCAGGAGAGUAGCGUGAUCAAGAUCAGUGUCCUGUAUUUGUCGAGAAGCAAUUCGUCGAAAGUAAAAAGGAAAAGGGGUUUUCAAACAUAAGUCUGUCCCUCGCUGAAAUUAGCACAGCUCGAAGGACCUUUGGAGAUGCAUUACCCGGCCUGCAACCAACAGCUCCACGUCUAUCCCCUCACUGAACUCGAAUCAUGCAUACGCUGGAUGCUACUUUAUUACCAACAAAAGCCAAAAGAAGAAGAAGAAGAAAGGAAUACUACUUUAUCCGUUCAGCACUUGGCGUCGUUUCCAGCUAUAAUCUUUGGUUCGUAUCAUUUGAAAUCACUUUGGGAAAACAGCCUUGGCAGGAAAAGAAGUGGAAUGAUGCUGUUUUGGACAACAGUAGAUGCUUUGCCUGGCCUGCAAGGACCAUUGAUGCACAAGCUCCGAAUCUUAUCUCCUUGCUGCUUUCUGCAAAGCAUCAGAUGCUCUCUCUCGUACUCCACGCGACCUAAAAUGAGUGCAGUGUACUCAAAGGUUAAGCUCUGCAGAGAAAGCAACAGAAUACUGGCAAAGAUCAAUAUCUCCUGAUCUAGCAUAGCACCAACGCCUCUCAUCACAACACGAAAACACCGAGAAUAAUGGAGGCAACGGCGGUUAGCGUGGGCAAAGCCGUGCUUGAUGGUGCGCUGGGCUACGCCAAGUCGAAGGCGGCGGAGGAAAUCGCGUUGCAGCUCGGCGUCGAGCGCGAUGUGGACUUCAUCAAGGAUGAGCUGCAGAUGAUGCAGUCAUUCCUGAUGACGGCGGAUGAGGAGCAAAGCCAGAACAAGGUGCUCACCACCUGGGUGAAACAGAUCGGGGUCCUGGCCUACAAGGUGGAGGACAGCCUCAUGGAUUUUGGCCUCCACUCAGAGAAAAAGCCAUUUUUGGGGUGCAUCCCCCGCAAUCCGGGUGAUCGACGCCGCAUCGCCAAGGAGGUGAAGGAGCUGAGGGCCAAAGUGGAGGACGUGAGCAACAGGAACCUGCGCUACCGCCUCAUCAAUGAAAGCUCAGGCUCCAAGCCUACUGCGGCAAGGGAGCAGGCAAGCAUUGCCACUUCGGCAAUGUUUGGCAUCAACGAGACGAGGCUUGAAAAUUCAUCAGAGGUGGGCCUCCAUCAGCUGAUUACCAGCAACGAUGUGGACCUUAGGGUGAUUGCCUUGUGGGGAACUUGUAGUGAUCUCGGGAAGACGACCGCCAUCCAGGAGGUUUAUGAUGACCAUGAGGUAUUGCAACGGUUUGGAUUCCGUGCUUGGAUUAGGUUGAUGCAUCCUUUCAAUCCACAAGAGUUCCUCAAGAGUUUGUUAAAGCAAUUUUAUGAAAAUUCACAUGAUGAGGUUGGAGAGGCAGAACAAGAGACAAGUGUCGGGGCUAAUGUUUUGGCCAUGAUGAGGAAGAUGGAUCAAAGUGAUUUAAUUCGUGAGUUUAAUGUGCAGUUGUGUAGCAAUAGCUACCUGAUUGUGAUUGAUGACUUAUCAACAAUAGUGCAGUGGCAUUGCAUUAAGAAGUAUUUUCCCGACAACAAGAAACAAAGUAGAAUCAUUGUUUCCGCACAACAAGUUGAAAUUGCAAGAUUGUGCAUAGAGAAACCGUGUCAAGUUUCAGAGUUCAAGCAGCUGACAUGUGAUCAAACUAUUUAUUUGUUCCACAAGAAGAAUUCAGAGGAGCAGGUCGUCCUGGGCAGAAUUGCUAGAAAGAUGUUUGAUCGCAGCAGGACACUGGCACUGGCUGAUGAAGUGCUCUGUGGGCGAGAAACAGACAAAUCUUUUGUUAUCAGACUAGUUGGCCAACCAUACAGCAAUCGAGGCUCUAAUGUGAUCUCAGUUUGGGGAAAGGGCUAUCUUGGAAAAACAACUCUUGUCCGAAGUGUCUACCGAAGCCAAGAGCUUGGUGGCUGGAAGCGUGCUUGGGUCACUGUAUCACACCCUUUUAACCCUGAAGCACUCCUUAGAGAUUUGGCUUUGCAGCUUCGGAAUGCUAUUCCAGAAGAUCGUGCUGGAUCAACAGCAACUGGAGAACAAAAGAAAAUAAUAUCAGAGAUGAAACUUCAAGAGUUGGAGGAGGAGCUAGCUCGGGUACUAAUAAGGCAAAGGUGCCUUGUUGUUGUUGAUGAUAUAUGGUUCACUUCUGAAUGGGAUUUGGUCAAACAGGGUUUACAUAAUGCUGGAAAGAUCAUAGUCACGACAAGAGAAGGAUAUAUUGCCAAACAUUGUUCUCGAGACGACAAGAACAUCUACUGUCUUCAAGGUCUGAUGGCUGAUGGUGCACUUGACCUCUUCAUAGAAAAGGUAUUCAAGAACAAUACUGAAAAAAAUUAUUUAACCCCAGCAAUGAUGGAGCAAGCAAAAAUUACUGUACAGAAAUGUCAUGGACAUACCCUUGCAAUAUUGACAAUUGGUGGAUUCCUAGCCACUAGGCCAAAAACUGCUAUUGAAUGGAGGAAGAUGAAUGAUUGUAUUAGCACUGAAUUUGAUACAGAUCCAGAACUUACUACAAUAAAGACAAUCCUUAUGAGGAGCUAUGAUGGUUUGCCAUAUCAUCUCAAGUCUCCUUUCUUGUACCUAUCCAUAUUUCCAAAAGACUGGAGAAUGAGGUGGGGUCGCUUGGUGAGGCGGUGGAUUGCAGAGGGUUACUCAAAGGAUAUGCGUUCCAUGACUGCAGUUGAAGUUUGUCAGAUGUAUUUUGACGAGCUCCUGGAUAGGGGUAUGAUCCUUCCAUGGGAAGGGACAAACCAUUACCAUGAGAAAAUCAGCUCUUGGCAGCUUCAUGAUAUGAUCCGUGCAAUAUGCAUCCCAAAGGCUAGGGAGGACAACCUUGUUUCCACACUGGAGGAAGGAUGCUGUUUAAGCGACCCACAAGAUGCAAUAAGGCAUCUUGUCAUACGCCGCAGCUGGAAAAGGGAUAAAGAUGUGCUGGAGAGCAAGCUAGACUUGUCACAUGUGCGGUCAUUGACCGUGUUCGGAGAAUGGAGAUCGUUUUUCAUCUCCGAUAAUAUGAGGUUCCUCCGAGUGCUCGACUUAGAAGAUGCAAUAGGGUUAAGGGAUCAUCAUCUUGAUCAAAUUGGGAAGCACCGUCACCUCAAGUACCUUUCUCUACGAGGAUGUCAUGACAUUUUAUCCCUGCCUAACUCUUUGGGGAAUUUGAGGCACCUUGAAACACUGGACGUUAGAGGUACACUUAUACAUGAGUUGCCAACAACAAUCACCAAUUUUCUGGAGCUGCAGUGCCUUCAUGCAGAUGAUCUUUUCUUGAGACCACAAGUUUUAGAUGCUUGUUUGAACAGGUAUGAUUUAUUCAGUCUACACUGCUUCUCGAAGGAGUGUUCAGAAAAUGUUAUCCUUCCUAGAGGGAUUGGCAGGUUGAAGGCCCUUGACACACUAGGUUUCGUCAAUGUUUCUGGGAGAAACGGAAGUUCCACUAUUAAACAGUUCGGAUAUCUUACUCAGCUGCGUAAGCUUAGAGUGGCUGGUAUCAGCGGGGAAGACAGUAAUGAGUUAUGGUCUGCCAUCUCUGGUCACAGUCAACUUCGAUCUCUGUCAGUGAAAGGGAAUGAGUUAGAUGGUUGUUUUGGUGAGGGUUUGUUACGACCUGCAAGCUUCCAGUCGCUGCAUAAGCUUCAGAAUCUCUCCAAGUUGAAGCUAGAGCAUACCCUGUUGAAGCAAGAUGAUGAUGCCAUACAAGCCCUUGGGUGUCUACCAAAUCUUGUAGUUCUACACCUGAUGAUUGAUUCAUUCACGGGCACGAUGCCUCAGCUCAAGCUGUUACAAGUUGGUCUUUGCUCAGAGCUGAAAGACAUCUCGUGUCUACCAUCCCUCACCAACCUCGAUGAAAUUCGGUUUACUUCUCUCAAUGGAAGUGUGAAGGAAGAGGUGCAGAGGCAGGUAGCCGAGCAUAUGAGGCAUGUCAGACUGAAUAUUGUGGACUAAACUUUCUAUGUAUGCAUAUAUAGAUUCCCUUCGGAGCCCAAGGAUCUAGUAGUAGUAGUAGUAGUAGAUACCGCGAUGGCAGAAUAACUCAUUGCUUGUUCUCCCACACUGAAUUCAGCAGCUCCCCACUGAGCUGAAUUUUCAGAACAAUUUCUCGGGUUGUAGCUUCCAGGUUUACAAAUCUGAUAUGCUGACUUUGUGCGUUUUUUUUUUGGAA